AUGCGAGGUGCAGAGGCUAAAGCUGCUUGCCCUGAGAUGCAGUUGGUUCAAGUUCCUGUGUCUCAUGGGAAGCUACGCAAAGAAUGGAUGUUAUGGACUUACUUGUUUGGUAGAAGUGAAGCUACUUACCCAGGCUACACUUAUAGUGGCAUUGCAGAUUUUGUACCGGCUGUUAUUGAGUCUGUUGGAUCUACAAACCCCAUUACCUGCUCUGGCUCCUCCCCAACCUCCCAUCUAGCCUCCCUUGAAGCUGUCAAAGGCAUCCUCCCUCUUCCUUCGCCCCCCUCUCUUCCUGUUCACUCCCCCCCAGCUCCUCUGCUUGCUGGGUCUCCUUCAACCCCUCCUUUACCCCCUGUGCCUCCUCAAGCUCAGGCUUCUACUUUUUGGGCUGCAAAAGCAAAGACAAAUACUGACCGUUCUCUACAACGAUUAUCACCGCAAAUAUUCUCUCCUGAAGGAGUCCCAAGGGUCGUCAUACCUGAUGAGGUCUACCGCAAGGGAGCUGAACUUCACAAAGAUUUUGUUGUUUGUAGAUUCUUUGGGAGGGUACCUGCCUAUAGCCUCAUUCAGAAUGUAUUCAACUACAUGUGGGGCAAAGGCAAGCACCUGGAGAUCCAUAUGCUUCCUACAAAGAAAUCAGUACUUGUUAGGAUUCCAAAUGAUUUCAUUCGGGAAAAGGUUCUACUCAAACGGUUGUGGUAUGUAGAUACUGCCAUGUUUCAUGUCUCUGGAUGGUCGGAGUUCUCAGAAGAUUACACACCAUCUCUCAAGAAAAUACAACUAUGGGCUCACCUCAAAGGAGUGCCAUUCGAUCUCAUCCACAACACUGGUUUGAGCCAUAUCGCAGGGCAGAUUGGUGAGCCAAAAGAAAAAGACGAUUGGACCAUGAGCCUAUCAAGCAUCAGUGUUGCUCAUGUUAAAGUAGAGAUAGACACUUCCAUACCUCUCCCAAAGACAAUAGAAGUAGGCCGCUCUGAUGGUUCUUUUGUCAAUGUAGAGGUGGAAUAUCCUUGGGUGCCUCCAAUCUGUGCCCAUUGCAAAGAGAUUGGCCAUAUCCAGAGAAACUGCCUUCAAAUCCCUCCUCCUGCUGGUCCCUCUGAUUCAUCUAAGAAUCAGCCUCCCCCUAACCCUCCAUCAUGUUACUCCUGUAAGCUUCCAGGCCACUUGAUGAAAAAUUGCCCCAAAGGGCCUAGGGGUCCUCAAGACUGGAUCCAAGUUUCCCAUAGGAAGAAUCCGCCUCAAAAUACUACUCCCAGCCUUUACUCUAUCCCUGUACCUCCCUCUCAUCCUCCUAUUGUAACCUCGCCUGUUCCUACUGAUGUAGUCUUUCUGGACUCCCCUGCCUCUUUUAUUGUGGGGCUUGAAGCUGUCUUUAGAGAUCGCCCGAUAAACAGCCCUACAUUCGGUACUAUCACCCUGCCUCCUAAGCCAUGUAUCACCUCCCAAAACCCUUUUGCCCCUUUAUCCGCUACUAUACCACAUGUUCCCCCAGCUACCCCGGUCCCAAGCCUUAACCCUCCCACAGAAUCCACCUCCAUCCUCCCACCCACUGACCACCCUCCCUUAGCCCCCUGCUCUCCUACUCCAGUUACAUUUGAUUCUUCUCGCUGCGCUAUUUUGGAGUCGCAUGUUAAGGAACCCAAUCUUCAACCCCUUCUUUUAAAGGUCUGCCCAGGCUGGAGUUUUGUAUCUAACCACGAUACUGAUGACGAUGGUCGUAUCAUUAUCAUAUGGAAACACCCCGCUUCAGUCCAAGUUCUGCAUCAAUCACGUCAGUCUAUCACCUGCUCUGUCCUAAUCCCUCCUCUUCCAUCUAUCACCUUCACAGCUGUCUACGCUGCUAACACUAGAGAGGAGAGAACAACCCUUUGGGAAGAUCUCCAUGAGGUUCAAAGCACACUUUUCCUAGAAAACAGGAACUGGAUCAUCGGCGGCGAUUUUAACCAGAUCACUCAUCAUCAAGAGCACUCUUCUGACGCAGUUAAUCACCUCACUACUGAUAUGACCGAGAUGAAAGAUCACCUCCUCUCUCUUGGUGUCUUCGAUCUCCGUUACCAAGGCUCAAACCACACCUGGACAAACAAAACGCCUUCAAUGCCUAUUACUAAGAAGCUAGAUAGAGCCUUGGUAAAUGAUCUUUGGAUUGAAUCUUUCCCUCAUAGCGUCGCUACGUUCCACCCCCAUGAAUUCUCUGACCACACCCCCUGCCUCCUGAACCUUUCCCACCCAUUACCUUCCCCUGGAACCAAACCUUUCAAAUUCUUCAACUUCCUAACAACCCACCCAUCCUUCCUCACGGUUGUUGAGACAGCAUGGAUUCAAAGUGGGAGUAGAGCAACUGAUCUUUCGUACUUGGGGUUUAAGCUGAAAAAAUUAAAGAGAGAAUUCAAAACACUAAAUAAAGAGAGUUUUUCUGACAUUCAAAAGAGAGUGUUUGACACUAACGAGUUGCUUAAAGUUGUGCAGGUGCAAUCACUGGAGAAUCCAACCAUGGAGACGUUUCAAGCAGAAAAAGAGAUGAUGGCCAAGUGGACUUUCCUAAGGGGAAUUGAAGAGGCUUUCUUCAAGCAAAAAUCUCGAAACAACUGGCUCCAACUAGGUGACCAGAACACGCUUUUCUUCAUGAGAGUGGCUGCUGGGAGAAACUCUUACAACGCCAUCAGAGCCCUGCUACUUCCUAAUGGUGUCUUAUCGCUGGUGGGGGAUGAGACUGUCGCUGCAAUUAAAAAGUUCUUCCUCACCGCUUUCCUCCCUACUGCAACGAAUUCAACCAUCCUCACCCUUGUUCCUAAAAAGCCAGGAGCCUCUACUAUCUCUGACUACAGACCAAUAAGCUGCUGUAACACAACCUACAAAACAAUAUCCAAGAUGCUGGUUAAGAGAUUAAAAGUGAUUCUUCCUCAAGUGAUUCUGCCUAAUCAAACUGCUUUCGUUCAGGGUAGAUUACUCAUUGAGAACACGGUACUAGCUUCUGAGAUAGUACAGGGCUACCACAAACAAGGAGGGCCAAAAAGGAUUACUAUCAAGGUGGAUAUCGCCAAGGCAUUUGAUACAAUAAGAUGGGAGUUCAUAUUUCAGUGCCUAAGAAGUCUAUCAGUCCCUGAGAUUUUCUUAUCCUGGCUUCAUGCAUGCGUGUGUACUACUUCCUACUCGCUUGGUUUUAAUGGAUCUACCUAUGGAUUCUUUAAAGGGAGAAGAGGACUAAGGCAUGGUGACCCAUUAUCCCCCUAUCUAUUUGUUCUUGCGAUGAAUUGCCUAUCUAUUUCUCUAGAUAAAGCGGCUAAGGAAGGGAGAUUCGGUUACCAUUCAAAAUGCAGGCGAGCAGAGCUUACACAUUUGUGCUUCGCUGACGACCUCCUAAUCUUCUGUGAGGGCACACUGCAAUCGGUUCAAGUGGUCCUUGACAUCCUCAGCGACUUCGAGCAACGGUUAGGCUUGGCGGUUAGUAUUACUAAAACCUCCCUCUUCGCUGCAGGUAUCAAGCCCCAUGAGCUGCAGCAAAUUAAAUGUGCAACCGGAUUAAAUGAAGGGGCAUUACCGGUUCGAUACCUUGGAGUGCCUCUCUGUACCAAGAAGCUCACGAUGACCAACUGUGCUCCCUUGCUUCAAUCGAUCAAAGCCAAACUAAUGACUUAG